AUGGCAGAAGGGGGCCCACCAGCAGCUGCAGCAGCUUCUUCUUCUUACACAGGCGAUGACGUUAAUCAAGAAUAUUUCGCGAGUUUAAUUGAGAUGGGAAUUCACCGGGAUGAAGCUAGACAGGUUCUUUGUUCACAAAUUUUGGUCCCUUCCCAACAUAUGAUUUCUGUUUUUCAGGCGUUGAGACUUGUUAAUAAUCGAAGUUUGGAAGAAGCAUUGGCUAUUGUUUUAGGUGAUCCAUCCCUAAUUCCUCCAAAAUCUUCAACAUCAACUAGUGGAGCGUGCAUAGAACAAGCCACUGAAACACCUUACGAGUCGAAUGUAAUACCAACGGAUCCAGAUACAACUGAUGCAAACAUGUUCACUUAUAAAAUGUUAUUCGUUGUAAAUGGCUCUCUUCCUAUGAGUUCAGGCAAACUUGCAGCGCAAGUGGCUCAUUCUGCAAUUGAUUUAUAUCAACAGAUUCUUAAUCGACGUUUGAUGGCUUUGAAUUUUUGGAGUAUAUCUGGACAAAAGAAAAUUGUCGUUCGUGCGAAUUCAGCAGAAGAAUUAUUGGAUAUUCAACAACGUGUGUCAGUUCAUAAAUCUGUUUUAACAUCGAUUAUUCAUGAUGCUGGCCGAACAGAGAUAGCAAGUGGAUCAAUCACAUGUCUCGGUAUUUUCGGCACAAAUGAUCAAUUAGAUCCAAUCACUGGUCACUUAAAAUUAAUGACGGACUGUUUGAGAUGUGGUGGAGGAAACAAUCAACAACAGAAAUCAAAGAAAAAUAAGAAAGAUGCAGAAGCAGCAUCGAAUUCAACACCAGAUGACACAUCGAACACAUCAUAA